CCUUUCACUAUCGCGCGCACAGCAUUUACAGAACUUUAAAUGUUUACGUGUUACAGACACGCAACGUUCACAUAGACACAGAUAGUUUCCUUUUUUUUCCUUUCUUUUUUUGGAUUGAUCAAAAGAUAAUUAGCUGGUAGUUAAUUAUCAUUAUGAAGCGUGCUGUACAUGUUCUUAAACCGAAACUGAACAGAAGUAUCUCUCACUUCCUGAACACCGACAUUCAGAUGUGAAAGAGAUAGAGAACUAGUCAGAGAUGGCUUGGAGUAACAUCAGUUACAGAUCUGGUGAUGCACACCAUCUCUCAGAACUGAGGCUUGUGCUACUGGGCUGUAGGACUGCAGGGAAAAGUUCAUCUGGAAACACCAUCUUGGGCAGCGAGGAGUUUGACUUACGAGGAAGUGCACAGUGUGUGAAGAGACAGGGAGAAGUUGCAGGGAGGAAGAUCACUGUGGUUGAAGUUCCAGGAUGGCAGAGAGAUAAAUCUGUAACGCAGGCGCUCAAACAGGAGAUUGUGCUCAGUGUGUCCAUGUGUCCUCCAGGUCCACACGCUGUUCUGCUGGUUAUGCGUUUGGACUUCAAAUCAUGGGAGAGUGAAAAAAACGCACUGAGAGGAUGUAUGAAGCUUCUUACCCAAAGAGUCUGGAGUCACAGUAUAGUUCUGUUUACCAUUGGGGACUGGAUAAGAGACCAAACUAUAGAGCAGUACAUUGAGUGUAAAGGAAAGGCCCUUCAGUGGCUGGUUGAACACUGUGGAAACAGAUAUCAUGUUUUCAACAAUAAUAGCAGAAAUGAUAAUACCCAGGUCACCGAGCUUCUGGAGAAGAUAGAGAAGAUGGUGGCAGGAAACGGAGGCGGGCAUUUGGAAAUUGACACCAAGAUAUUACAAGAAGUGAAAGAGAGGAAGACUGCAGAGGAAGACAGAUCAAAGGAGAGGAGGAUGAAGGUGUCAAAUCAGAGAAAAUUCUUUAGGAAACACUGGUUUGCUAUAGACCAUCUAUCUGAAGUGAGGAUCGUGCUGCUGGGCUACAGGAAUGCUGGGAAAAGUUCAUCAGGAAACACCAUCCUGGGCAAUGAUACAUUUGAGUUCAACCAACGUGACAAGUGUGUGAAGAGACAGGGAAAAGUAGCAGGAAGGAUGAUCACUGUGAUUGAAGCUCCAGGGUUUUUGAGAAGCUACUCCACUGAGUCACUUAAAGAGGAGUUUGAGCUCAGUGUCUCCAUGUGUCCUCCAGGUCCACAUGCUGUACUGCUGGUCAUGUGCUUGGACUUCAAAUUUAGGGAAAAACAAAGAAAAGCAUUAGUCAGAUACCUGGAUCUUCUCGGUGAGAGAGUCUGGAGCCACAUUAUAAUCCUCUUUACAUAUGGGGACUUUCUGGGAGACACAACCAUAGAAAGACACAUUGAGAGUGAAGGAACAGCUCUGCAGUGGCUGGUUGAGAAAUGUGGAAACAGAUAUCAUGUUUUUAAUAAUAAAAACAGACGUGAUAACACCCAGGUCAGGGAAUUGCUAGAGAAGAUCGAGGAGAUGGUGUCAGUAAAUGGGGACUGUUUUCGGGACAUGAACUUUGAAGCAUGGAGGAGGAGAUCAGGAAAAGAGGCACCAACUAUAUAUUUCAGGCGUCCCUUGCCUGAGGUACAGGUUGUGCAGUUCCAGAGUUCCACUGGCAUUCCCAGGUUACAGUGGGCGAGUGGGUUUAAUCCUGAGCUCAACUAUUUCACCGCUGUCAAUCAGGGUCUCCUCCGGAGUCCUCCCACCUCUCAAAAACAUGACUCAGCCGACACUGAACUAUUGAUUCGUAAAUUAGUUAAAAGCCGUUCUGAGGAAAACCGGAUUCUCUGCCUUCCUGCUGGUGAGUUUAUGUGCAAAUCCACUGACCUUGUGUUUAAGCUGGAAGAACAAGGGAGCGUGCUGUACAGAAUAGUGUCCUGGGACCACCGUUUCUUUGGUGGAUUACACCAAAUGGAGUUUGCAGGACCUCUGUACAGUAUUGACUGCUGGGAAGAUUCCAUCCGUCACCUCCACCUUCCGCACUGCGAGAUCCGUAAAGAUGUGGUUAAACUGACUGUGGCACACAUGACCGGUGGAAAUGUGGAGAUCAUUCAGCCGCUGAAAGUAACAGACACACACGUGAUCAUAGACAUUCAACGUCUCUCCCUUUUUGGUCUGUUAAAAUCACUGCUAUUCCCAGCGUAUCCCAUCAGAGCCCAAGUUCUCCUGUUCUAUAAUAAUAGGAUGAGGAAACUGCACAUCCAUCUGUUACCAGGGAACGUCCCCGUUGAUGAGGUACAGAAAAGACAUGACACCCACACAUACAUUUUGACAAGCUCCAAAUGUCAGCUGACACCUGGUAAAAUAUACAGACCAUGCUGUAAAACUACUGACUGUGAUUAUGUAUCCCAACCAGAGGAUGAGACGUUUGAUUGUGACUACGGCCCCAACUUUCACCCUACAUUUGAAGUGCUCUUUAAUACUGAGGUGAAUAAAGUCACAUUAAGUCUUUUGGAUGAAACGUGCCAGGUGGUGUGGAAGCCUCGUAUGGUCUUGCUUACAGGUACAGAGAGAGCCAGAAUGGAUAGAACAGGUGCUGAGUUUGUGGACAAACACAGAGAAACGCUCAUUCAGAGAGUUUCUUCUGUAAUGGAGAUAGCAGACUGUUUAAAAAGCAAGAACAUGAUUCGUGAUGAAAUGUACUAUAACAUUAAAGAGGAAUCAACAUCUUAUAAGCAAAUGAGGCUCCUGUACAGAUCUCUCGACACGGGUGGAAGAGCUGUGAAAGAAGAAUUCUGUAAAAUCCUCCGGGAGAAAGAGCCGUUCUUAGUGAAUGAUCUGGAGUCUGGAUCGAGCCUGGAUUAGCGGACCUUGCACGUCUUCGUAAAGGCACUUUGUUUUGCACGCAAUAAGACACUCGUUUAUUUUGUGCGGUUCUACAGAAUUGUAUAUAAAAAUAGGACAAUUUUAUAUAUUUUUAUGAUUGUGUUUUUAAUUGUGUAAUUUUUUAGAUUGGCUCUAUUUUGUAUUUCUAACAGUAUCAUGAACACAUUUAUUGUCGUAUUUUAGCCUCCGGUUGAUGUACAAGUACGUCAUAUGAACAUUUCAUUAUUGUAUGUUGCAUAUUUAAAUUUUCAAUUCCAUAAAAUUAGAAUCAGGUGUUCCAGUCAUAAGAAGCUGUUCAGGGAGUGCAGGUUGAACCUGAACUUAAAGGUUUUGCACUUGUGAGUAUAUAGGAUAUUUCCAAUAGAGUUCACUUAUAUUAGUGCGAUUAACUUGUUUUCUGAAUUGAACCCCUUGAUCCUCGCAUCCGAUUUUUCUCACUAUAAACUAUCAUGUAUAACUGUCACCACAUUCUAUUCGCAUUUUAUACAAAAAUUCAUUUCUGCAUUCAUACUGAACACAUAAACUGUGAUACAGCUCUGUAACAUGGCUAGCACAAAUGUGACUGUUAAUAUUAAAGCAAUAACAUUCUGUAGCUUUCUGCAAAGACUUCAAAGCAACCACGAGAAACAUUUCAGCGAAUCGAGCCUAAACAGAACAUGCUAAUGCUAGUAAGUCAGUGACAUGCUAAUUUACUAGCAUGGGGGGAUCUUAAAAAAAAUAAAAAUAAUAAUACUGAUAAUAAUAUACUAAACGAAUUGUUAAAAAAAUCUAUUAAUAGUACUGAAGGAAAAAACGAAGCUUUUCAAAGCUUCGAAUGAAUUGAAUCAAAAUGAUUCACUGUUUCACGCCACACUCUGGCGACCCCUGCUGGCCAAACAGUGUAAACGCAACGAGCUCUAGCCCCAAACAUAAUGAGACCUAGUACAAACAAUUGCAAAUAUCUUCAUAACAGUGUAAUGUUUUCGAUAUAAUUUAC